AUAUUUUUUACUGAACUUCAUGUUAGAUUGUGGUAUUUUUUAUAAGUAAAUAUUUUUGUAUAUUGUUUGAUUUACUUGAAAAGGACUUAUGCAUCCAUUUUCCCUAUAUUAAAUAGAGAACAAUGACAUAGUUAUGUCAACAUGGAAAAGGUCUAAGUGCUGAUUUUUAAAAAGGCAAUAAAUUAGUAAUGUCAAAUUACUGCACAAUCAGUUUAACCCAGUAGCAGCGGGGAUCAUGUUUCUUUAUGGUCCCUCUAAGCGAGAAAAAUAAGAUAAAAUCAUCACUCACACAAACCAUUUCAUUAUAUAUAUCAAAGCAUUUGUGAUCAGUUUAUGUAUCAUCUAUUUUGGGGUGUUUAACCCUUUCACUCCGGCUACGCCAACGUCGGCGUUCAACGGCGUCUCUGUAUGGAAAGGGUUAGUCCUCUUCUGAACCUCUUAAUCCUCUUCCAUUUCCUCUUAAUCCUCUUCUAAACCUCUUAAGAGGAAAUGGAAGAGGAUUAAAAGGAAUUUAGAGGAGGAUUGAGAGGUUUAGAAGAGGAUUAAUCCUCCACUUCCUCUUGACCCUUCCCAUACUGUGACGCCGACAUCUGCGUCACGGAUGGAAAGGGUUAAAUCAUGGCACAAAAUUGGCCCGUCGCUGCUACACGGUAAAGCCACAAAAUUGGCCCGUCACUGCUACCAGGUUAAUAUCAGUUGUAGGAAAAUUGUUUGAAUAUAUUAUAGCAGAAAAUAUUUGUGACCAUCUAGGGAAACACAACCUCAUCAAUAGCUCCCAGCACAGGUUCAUUAAGGGUAAAUCUUGUCUAACUAAUCUGUUGUUAUUUUACAAAAAGGUGUGCAAAGCAGCAGAUAGGGACAAAAAUUAUGAUAUUGUUCAUCUCAAUUUUAGUAAGGCAUUCAACAAAGUGCCUCACUAGAGACUUUACUAAAAUAAAGGCCCAUGGGAUAGAGGAUAAUGUUCUGAAAUGGAUCGAGGCAUGGCUUAGAGGCAGGAUGCAGAGGCUACAGGCAAUAAAUUGGAUUGGGCCUGUUACUAGUGGAGUCCCACAGGGAUCAGUUAUGAGUCCAUUACUGCAUGUCAUACAGUGGGACCCUGUGACUUGCAUUUUUCUAACUAGCGAUUUCAAGUCUGGUGAUAGGAUAGAAACAGUUCCGAGUUUCAUAACUAAUGUUCAGAGCUGUGAAACUUUAGAAAAUAUUCCCAUUGGCUGGGAGGAAUGAGUGAGCAAGUUGCGUCAAGAUGGCUUGAGGAGACGUUGUGUGGAGAGUGUCAUGAGGAGGGUGAGCACCUGCUCCCUGAGUUUAGUUAAUUUAUUGGUGACACAGCACUGUGCAACGUUACCCAAUGGAACUAACAAGUCUCGCAAAGAUGGCGCCGAAUGCCCCACUGAAAUGGGUGGGGAUGGGGGGGAGAGGGCAGUGAAUGUAAGCACAUCACUGAAAGCAGACGUAGUUAUAAGUCCGGCCACUUUCACCUUUUUUCCAUCUUCAUACAAAUGUUUUGUUAAACUGCGAUAGCUCGCCAUUAAGAGCUGCUGAGGGAAUAUUGUGAGAAAACUAUUGUGUGGGAUGCCAUAUUUGUUGGGGUCGUCAGAUCCACUGCUCUGUUUAAUUCAUCCCCUCACCCAUGAGUCAAUUGAAUGCAGGUGUGUGAUGCUGCCCCUGUUGCUCUGCUCAGCCCUACCAACCCUGGGGACCUCACUGGGUUCAAUGAUAGGCUGUUGCGCAUCUGGCUGCUCGGUGUUGGCGGUGGAGUGGGCUCUGAGUAUGCUGAAGCACACCAAACUCCUAACUUGUUUAUUCAGUACAGGACACAUGCAGUGUGUUUAACUCCAUUUAACCCUUAAACCGCUGCAAUCGCUUAUAUAAUCAAGCCUCUCCGAUCCCGUGACGCUGUGAUCGCUUAUGUAAUCAUGAAUUUUUGCGCCGUAUGUUUUGAAUUUUCCUGGUGCACUUCCUUUCAAAUGUGUUCUCGUGAUCGCUGGCAACUUAGUCAUACCUUCACCAGAGCCUGAAAUUCUACAAUAAGGCCCUCAUUCAAGUGUUUGUGGAAAUGUAGGAGGUGCCUGGAUACUCUCCUGACCUGCCGGGUAGUAAUCUACCCUAACAUAAUAGAAAACAUAGUAGUGGAAGAGAAAAUGGAGGUUGUCAAGGCAGACUAGAAUUAUGUCAUGUGUAAUUCAUCAUAACUUGGAUAUAAUACAUAACAGUAAGCCUCUUUGCACACAGGUGUGUGUGUGUGUGUGUGUGUGCGGAAAGCCCCGGUUGUCUUGGUCCAUGGUGUAAAUCAGAUUUUUUUUACAUCAUUGUAGUUCAUUACCUGAUUGAGAGAGAGAGAGAGAGAGAGAGAGAGAGAGAGAGAGAGAGAGAGAGAGAGAGAGAGAGCAAAAAAAUAGCUUUCCACCAAAUGAACAGGCUUGAGUUGUCUUCUGUGGUUUGUCGUCCACAUCUUCAGGGCGAGAGAACAAGAGAAAAUAUUACCAAUGUAGCUUCAUAUCUUGUGGUAUUAUGAAAAUUAGCCGCUGUACAACCACCUACACUGAGCAGGAAGGAAUCGAACUACGAGCUUCCCAGGCGGAAAUGAGCAUUAUACCGACUGAGCUACCGCGACUAUGGGAUCAAGAAAGGUUGCAGUUUCAUCAAAUCUUACUUUCAACUCUCUCUCUCUCUCUCUCUCUCUCUCUCUCUCUCUCUCUCUCUCUCUCUCUCUCUCUCUCUCUCUCUCUCUCUCUCUCUCAGCAGAACACAUUCGUCUCUUUGUGCGAGAAGCGAAAUAACACUAAUAAAAGCCCACCUUGGUUUAAUAGCAAAAUUAAACACUCAGUCAAGGAGAGAAAAUUGUCUUACAGGUUAAAGAAAGAACAAAGCACGCCUGAAAGCAUUAGACUUUAUAAUGAUGCCAGGCGACGAGUAAAAAGAUUAGUAUGUCAGGCAAAGUGUAGAUACGAAGAAAAUAUUGCAGCCAACUGUAAAAAUAAUCCGAAAUCUUUCUUCAGUUACAUAAACAACAGAAAGGCGAUCAAAAGUGGAAUUGGACCUUUAACAAACAGCAACGGUGCACUAGUGACUGACAGCCAACACAUUGCAAACCUCUUAAACAAUUACUUUUUCUCGGUGUUUAAUACUAACAAUCUUCCUCCUGCUACCACCAACACCAGUACCAAUACCAGUACCAGUACGAUUGCAGUAACAUAUGUACCACCAAAAACUACAUCAUGGAGUAAAGAAGAUUACAAAAACAUGAUUGAUGACACCAUACAGAGUUUGAGGAGAUUACUUAAGGCAAACAAAAGAGUAAUACUAGUUGGCGAUUUCAAUUGCAAAGAGGUUGACUGGGAGAGGUUUGAGAGCAAUGGUAGUGAUGUGGCAUGGGGGAAUAGAUUCUUAAAUUUAAUGAUGGAAAUUUUGAUGUUACAAAGGGUGAAGGAAAGCACUAGAUAUAGAAGAGACGACGAACCGACAAGACUGGAUUUGGUGUUGACAAGAGAAAUUCACGUGAAGGAUGAAUUGAGGUAUGAUUGCCCCCUGGGAAAAAGUGAUCACGUGCUCAUAGAGAUGGAAAUGGAGGAGGGAGGAAGGGAACAAGACGAGAUUUAUAGAAGCGAUAGAUUAAUCUAUAGGAAAGCAGGGGUGGAAAACCAAGAAGUUUUUUGGUGAAAUGGAUUGGAAAGAGUUAAUGAGUACAAGCGAAGUUCAAGGAAAGUAUGAUAUUUCCAUGAAGGCAUACAACACAGGUGUUAUGAAGUUCGUACCAAAAUACAGAUAGAGGGAGAGGGCUAAAAAGGACUUGUUUAAUGCAAGAUGUGCAAAGGCAAAAGAAAAGAGAGACAAAGCGUGAUCAAGAUUGAAAAGAAACAAAAAUCAAAGAAACAAAGAAGACUUUUAAGGCAGCAAGAAAUGAGUACGUGAAUGUGAGAAAGGAAGAAGAGAAACGAUACGAAAAGGAUAUUGUGGAAAAGUGUAAAGAACAACCUAAACUAUUUUAUAGAUUUAUAAAUGGAAAAAUUAAAUCAAGAGAAACAAUUGAAAGACUGACUGAAGAAAAUGUAGAGAUCGAGGAUCCCAAAGGCAUGGCGGAAUUAUUUAACAAAAAAUUCCAGCAAGUGUUUACCAAAGAAUCAUUAUAUAAUGAACCACAAGAAAACAACUUAGAUGUAUAUAUGGAAGAUGUCAAAAUAGAUAAAGAGGAGAUAAAAAAAACUAUUGGGGGAAUUGGAAGAAGGGAAGGCCGUGGGACCGGAUGGAGUUUCAGGUUUUAUACUUAAAGAGUGCAGAAAUGAGUUAGUCGGCCCGAUGUAUGACAUCAUUAGGUGCUCAAUUAAAACUGGCACAGUGUCUAGGGAGUGGAAGAGGGCAGGAGUGGUACCUAUAUACAAAAGUGGAAAAAAGGAAGAGCCCCUAAAUUACAGACUGGUGUCUCUGACCAGCAUAGUAUGUAAAAUAUGUGAGAAAUUAAUAAAAGAACAAUGGAUGAGAUUUCUAGAACAUAAACUAAUCACAAAGAAUCAAUAUGGGUUUAGGAAAGGCUGCUCAUCUGUGACAAACUUGCUGAGCUUUUACUCAAGAGUGAUGGACAAAUUACUGGAAAGAGACAGAUGGGUGGAUUGCAUUUACCUAGACUUAAUGAAGGCAUUUGACAAAGUUCCACAUUCAAGAUUGCUGUGGAAACUAGAAAAUAAAGGAGGAUUGAGAGGGAAAAUGAAGUGCUGGAUGGAAAGCUACUUAAGAGGAAGAGAGAUGAGAACCGUUGUUAAGGACACUAGAUCAGAAUGAAGAACGGUGGAAAGCGGAGUGCCCCAGGGGUCGGUUUUAGCACCAGUACUCUUCCUAGUCUAUAUUAAUGAUAUGCCAGAGGGAAUAAACAGCUACAUGAGCCUGUUUGCAGAUGAUGCUAAACUGCAAAGACAUAUAAGAAACAGUGAAGACUGCAAGGAGCUGCAAGAAGACCUAAACAAGAUUUGAAAAUGGAGUCAGAAAUGGGAGAUGAAAUUCAAAGUGAAGAAAUGUCAUGUUAUGGAAAUGGGAAAAAGUGUAGAAAGACCAAAAUGGACAUAUAAAAUGGGAGAUGGUGAAAUAUUAAAGAAAGUAAAUGAAGAGAGAGACCUGGGAGUAAUAAUGCAAGAUUAUAUGCAACCAGAAAGUCAUAUAAAUCAGAUCAUCAGUGAUACAUAUAACAUGGUGAGAAAUUUUGGUAUAGCUUUCUACUACAUGGACAAAGAAAUGAUGAAAAAAUUCAUUACUACUAUGAUCAGACCUAAACUAGAAUACGCAGAAACAGUGUGGUCUCCACAUAUGAAGAAACACAUAAUAAAACUAGAAAGAAUACAGAGGAUGGCAACAAAAAUGGUCCCAGAACUGGAGGGACUGACAUAUGAAGACAGACUAAAGGAAAUGGACUUGCCAACACUAGAACAAAGAAGAGAAAGAGGAGACCUAAUACAAAUAUAUAAGCUAUUGAGUAAAAUGGAAGAAGUAGAUAACGAGAAAUUGCUACUAAGAGAAGAACCUUCCAGCAGGAAUACUAGAGGACAUAGUAAAAAGUUGAGGAAGGGAAGAUGCUCAAGAGACAUAAAGAAAUAUAGCUUCCCACAAAGAAAUAUAGAGGUUUGGAACAGAUUAAGUGAAGAAAUAGUAUCGGCGAAGAGUGUGCAAAGUUUCAAGGAAAAGUUGGAUAAUUAUAGAUAUGGAGACGGGACCACAUGAGCGUAAGCCCAGGCCCUGUAAAAUUACAAUUAGGUAAAUACAACUAGGUAAAUACACACACACACUGGACGAUACAGUGAUAGAGAUGAGGGAGAAGUUUGCCGAAUUGGAAAUGACACACACACACACUGGAAAACACGGUGAUGGAGAUGAGGGAGAAGUUUGCCGAAUUGGAAAUGACACACACACACACUGGAAAACACGGUGAUGGAGAUGAGGGAGAAGUUUACUGAAUUGGAAAUGAGGGUGAGGACCUUGGAGGCCAAUGACAAGUUGAAGGAGGAAAAGCAAAAAGCAAAAAGAGGUUGACCUGACUGCAGCGGUGGUGAAAGUAAUUAAGGAGGAGAAUUUGGUGAGAAAUACAGUUGAGAAGAAGUGUGUAAUGGUGUUUGGACUGAAGGAGGCGGCACAACCGAUUAGGUACAUAAGGGAGAAAGAGGAGAAAAAUGUUGUGAAGAAGGUUGUGAGGGAAGUGGAGGAGGAAGGUGGGGGGAUUAUUGAUGAGAUUGAAGAGGUAAUGAGAAUUGGAAAGUAUGUUGUGGGAGCGAAGAGGCCACUUAAGAUCAGAUUUAGGUCACAGACUGCAGCGGAGGAAGUACUUGUGAGGACGUGGAAACUGGUGAGGAAGGAGGAGCUUAAGAAUGUAUGGAUUCAGAGAGACCUAAAUAUGGAAAAGAGAGAAAAGAUUAAGGAACUGAGGCAAGAAGCGAAUAAAAAAACGAGAACAGGACGGAGUCAAAAGAAGGAGUACUAUUGGCGAGUAAUGGAUAUGGGAUUAACCCUGUAGCAGCGGGGAUCACGUUUCGUAAUGGUCCCUCUAAGCGAGAAAAAUGAGAAAAAAUCACCCCUCAUACAAACCUUUUCAUAAUAUGUAUCAAAGCAUUUGUAAUCAGAUUAUGUAUCAUCUAUUUUUUGGGGUUUAUAUCAUGGCACAAAUAUGGCCCGUCGCUGCUACACGGUAGAGCCACAGAUUUGGCCCAUCGCUGCUACCGGGUUAAGGAAGUGGUACAGAAGAGAAAGCAACUAAAAGUAGCAUACACAAACAUCAAUGGACUAAUAUAAGUACAAGGAGAAACUGAUGUGUAUUUGAGAAAACUUGGGCCAGACAUCAUGGGAAUAGCGGAAACAAAACUGAGCGAAGGAAUCAUUUUACCUAACCUGGGAGAGGGGAAGUACGAUAUAUAGAGGAGAAAUAGAGAAGGGAAGCAGGGAGGAGGGGUGAUGUUUUUGACAAAGAAGGAUAUUGUGGUAGACAAAGUUGUGUAUGAUGAAGGUUUGGCUGAAAUGAUUAAAGUGGAAAUAGGAAAAGGAAUGGGGAAAAGAGAGUAUGUAGUUGUGUAUGUGCCGCCUAAGACAUCAUCAUGGUCAGUGGAGGACUAUAACAACAUGCUAGUAGAUACUUAAAUCUGUUUGGACAACAUGAUGAAAGCAUGCAAUAAAUUAACGAUUUUGGGAGACUUUAAUUGUAAAGAAGUAAACUGGGAAGACUGGACAACAAGGGGAAGUGGCAAAGCAUGGGGUAAUGUGUUACUAAAGUUGAUGAUGGAGAAUAUAAUGACCCAGUGGGUAUCAGAUUUCACAAGGUAUAGUGGACAGGAUGAACCAUCUAGGCUGGACUUAGUUUUCACAAAUGAAGGAAAUGUGAUUGAAAACAUUGAUUAUAACUUACCAAUUGGAAAAAGUGAUCAUGUGGUGAUUCAGUUCAAGAUAAAAGAAGAAAGAGGAGAAGCAAGGAAGGAAAGACACAGAAUUGGAAGGUAUAAUUUUGGGAAAACUAACUACACUGAACUGGGGAAAUAUUUCAAAAGCACAGACUGGUCCAGAUUUGAAGAAGCAAGCGGAGUGGAAGAAAAGGCAAUAUAUUAUUAGAGAUUUACAAUAAAGGGGUUGAGAAGUAUGUGCCAAAAGUGAAGGAGAAUUGCAGGGGAAAGAAGGACUGGUUCAACAUGAGAUGCAAAGAAGCAAGGAGAAAGAAAGAGGAAGCGUGGAGAAGGUGGAACAGAACGAAACGGCAGAAUGUCUGGGAACUAUAUAAGCAAGAAAGAAAUGAGUAUAUUAGAAUAUGCAGAGAGGAAGGAUUGAAUUUCGAAAGGGAUAUUAUAGACGAAUGCAAAGACCAACUGAAGCUAUUUUACAGAUUUAUAAAUGGGAAACUAAAACAGCGUGAGGAAAUAGCAAAAUUGAAAGUUAAUGGCGAGGUGUAUGUGGAUGAGUUGGAGAUGACGGAAGAAAAGAACAAAAGCUUUCAAGAAGUAUUCACAAGAGAAAGCGAGUUUGACGUACCUACUGGAAUAGGCCCAAGAGGGCCCUGCCUGUGUGACAUAGAAAUCACAGUGCAGGAGAUAACUAAUGAAAUGGAGAAUCUAGAUGUGAGGAAGUCACAGGGUCCCAAAAGUGUUUCCAACUGGGUGCUGAAGGAGUGUAGGAAUCAAUUGGUGGAUAAACUACACAGUUAUAAAAAGAUCAUUGGCUGAGGGUGUAGUCCCUCUGGACUGGAAAAAAGCUGACAUAGUCCCCAUCAACAAGAGCGGAAGAAGAGACGACCCACUUAAUUAUCGACCAGUUUUCCUUACAAGAGUAGUGUCAAAAAUAUACGAAAGAAUUGUGAAAGAGAAAUGGACGAAGCACCUAGAGGAAAAUUAAAUCAUCACAGAAAGGCAGUUCGGAUUUAGGAAAGGAAGAUCAUGCCUGACAAACUUGGUGUGUUUCUAUUCAAGGGUGAUAGAUGUUGUGCAGGAGAGAGAUGGAUGGGCUGACGCUGUCUACCUGGACUUGAAAAAGGCCUUUGAUAAGGUGCCGCAUAGGAAGUUGAUGUGGAAGCUGAAGACAGUGGGUAAAUUAGGAGGAGGACUUCUAAAGUGGAUGGAGGAUUCUCUGAAGAACAGAAUAAUGAGAACAACUAUUAGAGACAGGAAAUCAAGUUGGAAAAAUGUCAUGAGUGGAGUUCUGCAAGGCUCUGUGUUGGCCCAAAUUAUGUUUGCAGUAUAUGUUAAUGAUAUGAAAGAGGGAGUGGAUAGCUAUAUGAGUCUGUUUGCCGAUGAUGAUGAGAAGAGUGGAGAAAGAGGAGGACUGCUUGCUGCUCCAGAGAGACCUGGACACAGUGUGGGAGUGGAGCAGGAAGUGAGAAAUGGAAUUUAAUACCAAAAAGUGCAGUGUUAUUAAAUUUGGAAAGAGUGGAAUGACAGUAGAGGGACAUUAUUAGUUGAGUAAGGAUAAGCUAGACAAAAAGAAAGAAGAGAAAGACCUUGGAGUGAUGAUCACAGAAAACUUGCCUCCAGAAGGAAAUGUGAAUAAAAUAUCAGCUGAGACAUACAACCUGCUGAGGAACAUCAGAGCAGCGUUCACAUACCUUGAUGAGGACAUGGUAAGGAAAUUAAUUGUGACCUUGAUAUGCCCUAGACUAGAAUAUGCAUCAGUGGCUUGGUCGCCAACACUUAAGAAACGCAUUAGAAAACUGGAGAGGAUACAGAGAGCGGCAACAAAAAUGGCACCUAGUCUGAGCGACCUUCCUUAUGAAGAAAGAUUGCUGAGGCUGAACCUCCCUACAUUGGAAAGUAGAAGAGAAAGAGGAGAUUCAGUAGCGGUGUAUAGGGUGAUGAAUGGUCUAGAGAAAUUGGAUAGAGAUGACCUUUUGAUAAGAGAAGAGAGAAACGUAAGAGGAAAUGGAAAACUGUUGAGAAAAGGAAUUUGUAGAAGAGACAUCAAGAAGAACAGCUUCCCGCAGAGAUGUGUGGGGAUCUGGAAUGGGCUGGAGAGGGAAGUGGUACAGGCUAAAUCAAUAAGUGCAUUUAAGGCCAAAUUAGACGGAAGUAGUUGGAAGAUCACAAGUUGUAGAUCACAAGUAGGUAAAUACACACACAAGACCCACCUCCAGGAGGACGUCCUUUCAGCUUUCUACUCUGUGAAAUCUGUGUGUAUUGCCUGUGAAUCAGUGGGAUAUUUUCCAUGAUCUUACUUCUGUGUCCUUCCCUUCCCUCUCCUCCACUUUCCUCCACAAAUCUAUUUCUUGAUUACAACUAACAUAAGGAAAUACAAUUCAGCAGACAUACGUCAUCUAUGCAUAAUGCAAAUUUCUCUGUAUAUUUAUGCAUACAUCUCAAAAUUAUCAAUUAAUUUACAUUUCUUUAUGUGCACCAUUUAAUUUUACAUGUUUUUAUAUAUAAUACAUGAUGAUUAUGUUGAGUUUAUGGCUUAAAACUUGUUAUAUUCAGUAGCGACAUUUGAAAUUUGGCGUGCACGGUCAGAAUGUUUGAUUUCAUUUUAAACCACGGUGGACUUAAAUUAGUGUUAUUUCGCUACUCACAAGAGGGGACAAGUGUAUUCUGGUUAGUGAGUACAGUCGUCCCUCAAAUAGUAUGGUUUCCAAUAGUACGGUUUUGGUUUUAUACAGAUUGUCAUAGAAGAUUUUUGUAGGAUUUUUAAAUUUCUUGCUCGUCGCACCAAGUAGCCAUGGCGUGAGUGGCAACACUGUUCUACCAGAUUGCCAAUCAUGCACAUCUCAGUCCAUGUGUGUGCACAACAUUAGGAACACUUGUUUUGCCAGAUUGAAACCUAUGUGCUUUCCCUAAGUCGGUGUGUGUGCACAACCUGAGUUACACUUCUCCAUUACCACAUAACAUGAACAUGGGACCCAAGAGACAAGCCAAAACACUUGCUGAAAGCACCACAAAGCGUUCGAGAAAGGUAUUCACCUUGCAGAAGAAUUUAGAUUUAGGAGAAGUUACGUUUUGGUGUGAGUUCAGGGGCCGGAUGUUCAAAGGAUUGUAACUUUCCGCCACUAAGAUCUUAGUAGCCCUCUCGUAGCCGCCAUUUUUUAUCGUGGGUUACGAUCACCACUAAGAUGUAUUUCCAAAAAAACGUACAGAUGCUCGUAGCUCACGAUGAUGCGAUCAUAAAUCUCGGUCCGUUCCAUCCCGCUGUCCAGGAAUGGAACGCAGCUGACUGCUGUUUGGCCAAUCAGAAGAAGUGCCUUUGAGAGUGUUAGCCAAUAAUAUUGCACGGUGUAAAUGUAAACAAAUAGGCUACAUGCAUUUUCAUGUCCGAGGCAUCAGUGUUAUAAGAUAUAUAGA